UGGAUAAUAGAUAAGAAUAUUAUUAUACAAUUCUAUUUCAUGGAUUAUGGAACCUAUGAGUAGUAUGAGUUAUAAAUUACAUUGUAAUUAAUGUCUAGCAAUCAUUUUUACUUGGUUUAAUGAAAUUAUAAUUUUUGUUUGCACAAUGAUUUUAGUCUUAUGACGUUAUAUAACCAAAUUAUACCAUCUAUAAAUCAUCACUGAAGCCUACUUAUUGUUUAAACAUCACAUGUUAUUGUAGUUUCAUUUCUAAAAUGUUUAAAUUUAGUAUGUCUAAUAAACAUACUACUAACAUCCAAACUGAUAAGGAUCUUAAAGAAGAAGGUAAUCGCUUAUUCAGUUACAAACAAUAUGAAAAGGCUAUUGAAUGCUACAAUAAAGCAAUUAUAAAAAACCCUGUUAUUCCUAUAUACUUUACCAAUAGAGCUUUAUGUUUCUUGAAAUUAAAACAAUGGGACAAGGCAUGUACAGAUUGUCGACGUGCUUUGGAAAUGGACUUCAGUUUUAUAAAAGGUUGUUUUUUUUUGGGUAUUGCACUUAUUGAGUUAGGAAGCUAUGAUGAAGCCAUAAAACAAUUACAAAGAGCACAUAAUUUAACAAAAGAAAAAAAAGUUAACUAUGGUGAUGACAUUACAAGCCAACUUAGAAGAGCUCGUAGACUAAAAUGGGAGAAACAAGAAGAAGUGAGACAGAAUCAAGAAAUAGAACUUCUGUCAUACCUGACAAGACUUAUGAAUGAAGAUAUGGCUCGUAAAGUCAGUGAAAUUAAAAAACCAUCUGAUAAUGAAAAUGAAAUUGAAGAUUACGAUAAUGAUGUUAUGGAAAUUAAAAACCAAAGUGAGAAAUAUGCUGCUGAACUACAUACCAUAUUUUCUAAGAAUGACGACAGACGGAAGAAACGUGAAGUACCAGACUAUUUGUGUGGGAACAUAAGUUAUGAUAUUUUACGAGAUCCUGUUAUUACUCCAAGUGGCAUAACUUAUGAUCGCAAGGAUCUMGAAGAACACUUAAUGAAAGUUGGUCAUUUCGAUCCCGUUUCACGUCAGCAUUUAACUGUUGAUCAACUCAUUCCAAACUUAGCUUUAAAAGAAGCCGUUGAAGCAUUUGUAAUGGAAAAUGAAUGGGUAAAUUAUUAUUGCACUUUGUAAGCUUAGUUUUUUAAAGAUUUUACUAAAUAAAUAUAUAUACUUAAUCUUAAUAUCUUUUUAAUCUUUCAAAUAGUUGUCAAUAUUAACUUCCUAUAUUAUAAUAUGUGUACCAUUUGUGUUAUUAUUAAUCUAGUUACAUUUCAAACUAUAUAAAAAAAAAAAUUAAAAAUGAUUAUUC